CUUUCCCUAUCAGAGUCACACACGCACUCUCUCUCUUGCUUUUACCCUAAAAAGGGCAUUGAUUUGCUUCUUAAGAGACCCACUGCUGCAAAACUUCACUCUCUAUUUGUAUACUUGAUUUUUUUUCUUUGUUUUUUUCCAUUUCUUACAAAACCCAUUUCUAUUCUUUGAUUAAAGGAACACUUUUUUUUUUUAAUUCAAGUAGGAAAUCCAUUUAUUGUUUAGAAGGUACGAUAAAAGAGAGUUUAAUUUAGAUUUAGAUUUUUUUCUUUGAAUUUGUUGAGAGGUUUUUUAUUGUCUGCAAUGGCACCCAGUUUCGAUUGUAUGGUUUCGAGUCUUCUAUGUGCAGAAGACGACACCAGCAUUUUCGGUGAUAACGAUUGUUACUUUGGCGGGAGUGGUGAGGUGGGAGAGUUUGGGUCGACAUGGGAUCAUAGUUUUUAUCGAAACUCGAAUCAAGACCGAGUCUUUAAUGGCGUCGGUGAAGAUGGGUUGCCGUUGCAGAGCGAGGAAUGUGUGGUUUUGAUGGUUGAGAAAGAACAUCAGCAUUUGCCCAAUGCCGGUUACUUGAAGAGGUUACAAGGUGGCGAUUUAGACCCGGCGGCUAGAAAUGAAGCUGUUGGUUUUAUUCGGAAGGUUCAUGCUCAUUUCAAUUUUGGACCUUUGUGUGAGUAUUUAUCAAUAAACUACUUGGACAGGUUCCUCUCUGCCUACGAAUUACCAAAGGGCAAAGCUUGGAUGAUGCAAUUACUAGCGGUUGCAUGUUUAUCUCUUGCAGCCAAAAUGGAGGAGACUGAAGUUCCAUUGGUUUUUGAUUUGCAGGUUUGUGAAUCUAAAUUUGUGUUUGAGGCUAGAACCUUACAAAGAAUGGAGCUUUUAGUGUUGAGUACCUUGAGUUGGAGAAUGCAAGCAAUCACCCCAUUCUCCUUCAUAGACUAUUUCCUUUACAAGCUCAAUGAUGAUAAAACCCCACUAAGGAGUUCAGUAUUGGGAUCAAUCCAACUCAUCUCAAGCACAAUAAAAGGGAUUGACUUCUUGGAAUUCAAGCCAUCUGAGAUUGCAGCAGCAGUGGCCAUAUAUGUUGCUGUAGAAACCACAACAGUGGAUUCUGAGAAAGCUAUGUCUGUUCUCACUCAACAUGUAAAAAAGGAAAGAGUGAUGAAGUGUGUGGAAGUGAUAAAUGAUAUGUCAUUGGUUGGUGGGUCUAUUAAGGUAGGCAGCAAUGCAACUGUCCCAUCCGUGCCACAGAGCCCAAUUGGGGUGCUGGAUGCCGCUUGCUUCAGCUAUAAAAGUGAUGACACCAGGGUUGGGUCAUUUGCAAACUCUUCUUCACAAACACAUACCAGUCCCAGUCGCAGUACCAAAAGGAGAAAGCUAAACAGACCCUGUGAAGUGGAGCUGUAAAACCAUCAAACAAACAAACACACACACACAAAAAAAACACUAUGCUCGUUCCUACAUGUUUUGUUACUGUUGCAUACUAUAGCUUUGGGUGUGUUAAAAAAGAAGGGAGAAGAUGAAUGGUGAAUAAGUUGUCAUGUAGUGAGUAUGGAGGGGAUUUUGUAUGAAUUGCCAUUUCAUGCUCUUGGCGUGGACAGAGGGAUAACUUGAUGAUGGUGUCACCAGCUGUUAAAUAUUAGACUUCUUAGCAGCUAGUACUUGCAAUGGAGAGAGAGGUGGGAGAGAUAAAAAAAAAAAAACCCAGUUUUUUUCUGCUUUGUGAGAUACAAUUUUUAGUUUUGGAGUUUUUUGGGGGAAAAAAAAUAGUAAUAUGAAAAUGAAAUACAUUUCCAAA